AUCUUAUUAUUCACUUCCGGGUGAGCCCUCUCCGGCGCCAUCUUGUCUUGUUCAUGAAGAAGUAGAAGCAUCGAAAGGGUUUGUAGAGAAUUACAGGAACGGUGGCGACAGCGGUAUUCCGGAAUCGGAGCGGAGACUGGAAGGAUGUGGGAUCAAGGAGGACAACCUUGGCAGCAAUGGCCCUUGAACCAGCAACAGUGGAUGCAGUCAUUUCAGCACCAGCAGGAUCCAAGCCAGAUUGACUGGGCUGCUUUGGCCCAAGCUUGGAUUGCACAAAGAGAAGCUUCAGGACAACAAAGCAUCGUAGAACAGCCACCAGGAAUGAUGCCAAAUGGACAGGAUAUGCCUACAAUGGAAUCUGGUCCAAAUAAUCAUGGGAAUUUUCAAGGGGAUUCAAACUUUAACAGAAUGUGGCAACCAGAAUGGGGAAUGCAUCAGCAACCCCCACACCCCCCUCCAGAUCAGCCAUGGAUGCCACCAACACCAGGCCCAAUGGACAUUGUUCCUCCUUCUGAAGACAGCAACAGUCAGGACAGUGGGGAAUUUGCCCCUGACAACAGACAUAUGUUUAACCAGAACAAUCACAACUUUGGUGGACCACCCGAUAAUUUUGCAGUGGGGCCGGUGAACCAGUUUGACUAUCAGCAUGGGGCUGCUUUUGGUCCACCGCAAGGUGGAUUUCAUCCUCCUUAUUGGCAACCAGGACCUCCAGGACCUCCAGCACCUGCACAGAACCGAAGAGAGCGGCCACCAUCAUUCAGGGACCGGCAACGUUCACCAAUUGCUCUUCCUGUGAAGCAGGAGCCUCCACAAAUUGAUGCAGUAAAACGCAGGACUCUUCCAGCCUGGAUUCGUGAAGGCCUUGAGAAAAUGGAACGUGAAAAGCAGAAGAAAUUAGAGAAAGAAAGAAUGGAACAGCAGCGUUCACAAUUGUCAAAAAAAGAAAAGAAAGCCACAGAAGAUGCUGAAGGAGGAGAUGGCCCUCGUUUACCUCAGAGAAGUAAAUUUGUAAGUGGAUCCUGACAUGAAACUGAUAAUUUUGACUAUGUGAAAAGUGGCCUAAGCCUUCAGAAAGAGACUCAAAGGGCCUCACCCUUAGACAAAGAACUACAUGCAGGUAAGAAAUGCUGAGAGCAGGAGAAACGAUCUUCCUUGAUGUUGCUGACAAAAAUGCUUCUAACUGAAAUUCUUCUGGACGUCACAGAUGAAGAAAUUUAUUAUGUAGCCAAAGAUGCACACCGGAAAGCAACGAAAGCUCCUGCAAAACAGCUGGCACAGUCCAGUGCACUGGCCUCCCUCACUGGCCUCGGUGGCCUGGGUGGUUAUGGCUCAGGAGACAGUGAAGAUGAGAGGAGCGACAGAGGCUCUGAGUCAUCUGAUACUGACGAUGAAGAAUUACGGCACCGAAUCCGGCAAAAACAGGAAGCUUUUUGGAGAAAAGAAAAAGAACAGCAGCUAUUACAAGAUAAACAGAUGGAAGAAGAAAAGCAGCAAACAGAAAGGGUUACAAAAGAGAUGAAUGAAUUUAUUCACAGAGAGUCAAAUAGUUUAUCACUGCUAGAAGCAAAUGAAGCAGACGGUGAUGUGGUUAACGAAAAGAAAAGAACUCCAAAUGAAGCUCCAUCAGCGUUAGAGCCCAAAAGAGAGCAUAAAGGGAAAGAGAAAGAACGAAGGAGUAGGUCAGGGAGCAGUAGUAGCGGCAGCUCCAGUAGCAAUAGCAGGACUAGCAGCAGUAGCAGCUCCGUCUCCAGUUCUUCAUACAGCUCCAGCUCAGGCAGCAGCUGCACGUCCUCUCGCUCCUCUUCUCCUAAAAGAAAAAAGAGACAUAGUAGGAGCAGGUCUCCCACAGUGAAAGCGAGGCGGAGCAGGAGCAGGAGCUACUCUCGCAGAGUUAAAAUAGACAGCAGUAGGACUAGAGUGAAGCUGCGAGACAGGAGGAGAUCUAAUAGAAGUAGCCUUGAGAGAGAGAGACGAAGAAACCGGAGUCCUUCCCGAGACAGACGUAGAAGCAGAAGUCGCUCAAGGGAUAGACGAGCCAAUCGUUCCAGUCGCAGUAGGAGUCGAGAUAGGCGUAAAAUUGAGGAUCCACGUGGAAAUCUUAGUGGGAGCAGUCAUAAGCAUAAAGGUGAGGCUAAAGAACAAGACAGGAAAAAGGAGAGGAGUCGAAGUGUAGAUAAAGACAGGAGAAAAAAAGACAAAGAAAGGGACCGUGAACAGGAUAAACGAAAAGAGAAACAGAAAAGGGAAGAAAAAGAUUUUAAAUUCAGUAGUCAGGAUGAUCGACUAAAAAGGAAGCGAGAAAGUGAGAGAAUCUUCUGUAGGAGUGGUUCUAUAUCUGUUAAAGUCAUAAGACACGACUCUAGACAGGACAGUAAGAAGAGUGCUACCAAAGACAGUAAGAAGCAUUCAGGUUCUGAUUCUAGUGGAAGGAGCAGUUCUGAAUCCCCUGGAAGUAGCAAAGAAAAGAAGGCUAAGAAGCCUAAACAUAGUCGAUCGCGCUCCAUGGAGAAAUCUCAAAGGUCUGGUAAGAAGGCAAGCCGCAAACACAAGUCUAAGUCCCGAUCAAGAUCAACAACCCCUCCCCGUCGUAAGCGCUGAGGAAUGAUGUGGCAAGAGCCAUGACGCUGUUUUAAAAAUUCCAUGAGUUUUAAGGGCUUGUCUCAUUAUAGAGGCACAUUGUGGCUGUGUAGGUGAAACCAGAUUUUUUUUUUAAUUGUGUAAAUAGGUGUCUUUUUCCAAAUGCUGCUCCAAGUUAAUAGGAUUUCUUUGUAUUACAUUUUUUCAAGAAAUAGUACAUAAUAAGACUAUAAAUAUGCCAUUCUCUUUCAGCUGUAUUGUUCUUAAAAUUAUUCCUGAAUGUACUGUGAUGUCAAUAAAGCUCUUCAGUUCAUUUUUGUUAAA